AUGUCUCAGCGCCUGGACCAGCUCGCCGAGCAACUAUCGCCACGCAGAGUAAAUGGUCCACCAAUUGCUUUGUUGAAGGAUCAGGUCGUCUUAAUCACUGGUGGCGCCCAAGGAUUGGGGGCGGCAGCAGCAACUCUGUUUGCACAGUAUGGUGCAUUGAUUGCUAUUAGUGAUGUGGAUGAGGCCAAGUCGCAGGAAUUAGUUAAACAGUUGCGAGAGACAGGUGCACAUGCAGAGUCCUUUUCAGGGGAUCUAAUGAACCCAUCAUACCCCGAGACUCUUGUGAAGAAUGUUCUUGCGAGGUUUGGAAGAAUCAAUUGCCUCAUCAACAACGCGGGGUUUCUCAAUGACAGAGCCGUCCACAAGAUGACUGAUAGUCAAUGGGAAUCUAUUCUUGAGAUUCACAACUCGGUUCCAUUUCGACUCAUCCGAGCCUUGUCGAGUCACUUCAUGAGUCCUGAGACAAUGAACAACCGCAAGACAAUCCUCAACAUAUCGUCUUCAUCGGGAGUACAUGGUCAAUUGGGUCAGGUCAAUUACUGCACGGCUAAAGCGGGUAUUGUUGGGAUGACUAAAGGUAUCGCUAGGGAAUGGGGACGGUACAAUGUCCGAUGCAAUGCUGUUGCCUACGGUUGGAUGGACACUCGCAUGACUCGGCCUCCUGAACCAGGCCAGAAAAUGGCAGUGAACGGCAAGGAGAUCAGUGUCGGCGUCGCAAAGAGUGCAACGAAGUUCAGAGAUACUUCGGAUAUUGCCCUAGGACGUCCGGGAACCGCAGAUGAGGCGGCAGGGUGUCUGUUAUUCCUCGCAAGCGACCUUUCCAGUUAUGUGACGGGUCAUGUAUUGGAGUGUAAUGGGGGACGCUUUAUGUGA